AUGCCACAAUCCGGAACCCUACGCCAAUACAUCCGCCAUUUAACCGACCCCAAGGUCAACAAUCACUUGAUUAAACUAAAGGACUACAAUGUUUGUCUGCAGCUCAAAAUCCCCGACUACCAAGUCCAAUCAGAUACUGUCGAACUCAACGUAGAGAAACGCAAGAGUCAAGAAACAAAGCAUCUCUUCAAAGCCCUGCGCGCGCAUUUGGACUUUCAUGUCGCGAUUUUCCCAAAAGGAGAUAAACAUGAUGGCGCCUCGCUAAAGCGAAGCCUCGCGAGCGUCAACACCAUCAGUCUUUUCUUUCCGGACAUUCGUCACGAGGGUAUCAAAGUCUGUAUGGCGGUGUGGUUGGAGACGUUGUGUACGGUUGACGAUCAGAUCGAAAACAUGAGUUUAGAAGACGCAGGGGAGGCCAUUGAGGAGGCGAUUGCGGUCUUGAAAGACGAACGCCUCUUGCAAGAAAUCCAUCUCAAGAACGGAACACUCUCCCAAACACUGGACGCCUACCUCGCUAUCCGCCGCAAGACAAUCGGCCUCAAGCCGGCCUUCGCGUUAAUCCGAAGCGCCUAUAACCAGCCCUACCCGCCCAGCAAAGAAACCACGCAAUUACAAAAUGACGUCGCUAUAGUCGCAGGCCUACAGAACGACUUGAUCGGGUUGGAAAAGGAUAUCCGCACCGGGGAGGUUGUGAAUGCGGUGGUGUUUCUACUGGGCGGGAUGGAGAUGAAGAGGAGUGGGAAAUGGACGGUAGGGAGCGGGGAUCUGAGAGCUACGACGGGGGAGGCUUGUCGUUUGCAUGAUUUGUAUCUGGAGAGGGUCUUGAAGAGAGUGGAGAGGUUGGGGGCGAGGGCAAGGGGGGUGCCAGGGAUGGAGGUGGAGGCCGCGUUGGCGAGCGUUGAGGCGUCGUUGAUGCAGACGCAUUUUGAGUGGUGUACGAGUGCAAAGAGGUAUCAGAGUAAGACGGCCUAG